AGCAGGGGAGGAAUAAUGCUGGGGCAGGAUGCUCUCUGAAAUUAACGAGAAAAUGUGGGUCAGCAUGCUGGGUUCUCUAAUCUAAUGUUUCUGUUCUCAGGAAUAGAAACUGAAAGGGAGAAACACACCCCAGUAAAACAGGACACAGCCUGGGAGGCUGUACUGAAAGCCAUGGCCACUGGCAGGAAGAGAGAUUAUGUGUCCAGAGGCAUCGCGCAAGGGUGAGAAUGAAAACACCAUACCCACAUCCUCCACAAGAUUUACAGGCAAAUUGGGAGCUGGGAAGAUUCAGAUCUCACUCCCGUAUCAUCAGUGUGACACCAGAUUUAACUCUCCUUCUUCCCUACCUCUCUCUCUUUUCUUCCAUCACUAUCUCUAAGUCUCCCUCUAUCCUUCUGUGGAAGAUAGGGCAGAAGGCAUUUGUGAAGAAUUAUGACCCAAGUGUCCUUUCAAGUGUGACUUACCUUCUCUAUGAAAUCAAGUGGAACUAUCGCAGAAGGUGCUGGCAAAGAUGGAUCCGUUGUGCCGGCGGUGAGCAUGCUGAAAUAUACUUCCUGGAAGAUGUCUAUAAAAAGCUAAGAUAUGAUCCUUUUGUCCACUGCUCCAUCACCUGUUACAUGUCCUGGAGUCCCUGUGGGGACUGCUGCCUGAAGAUCAUAGAUUUUCUGGAGAAAAUGCCUAAUUUGAGUCUAGUCAUUUAUGUAGCAAGGCUCUACUGGCACAAAGAGGAGAACAAUCGUCAGGGUCUGCGGGACCUGGAGUAUUUCAGAGUGUCCAUCCAAGUCAUGGAUCUCCCAGAUUAUAACGACUGUUGGAGAACAUUCGUUGAUGAUGAGGACAAGUAUGAAGAUGAUUAUUGGCCCAGGCACUUCGCUCCAUGGAUAAUGCUAUAUUCUCUCGAACUCCAGUCCAUCCUUCAGGACAUUCCCUCUUGCUUAAAGAUUUCAUCAGGUAUGAACCAGCCUCCAGUUUUCAGCCUACGUGUAGAUAAGAAACAGAAAAAAGCACUCGCAUCAGCCAAUCCCUAUUAGCCGCCAGUAUCCUGGCCUGGGUAUCCAACCAGUCUCUGGAAGCCAUGAGUGUCUUGAACCAGCCAUCAGCUGCUAAGCAACAGAAACCAGUUGACAGGAAACAUCACCCACAUUAAAACUCCAGAACUGGGGGAGGGGAAGAGGAUGCAUCCAGGAUGGGUGCAAGAGAGUGACUGCUUUGCGAUCACAGCAUGUUUUCUCAGUUGGUGGGUUGCUCUUGCAUGAGCUGAAAGUCCAUUAGAAUGUUUAAUCAUUUCAGUUUGAUUUAGUUACUCGUAGCCAUUUUCUUGCCAUUGCUUCAGCUUGUAGCCAUUUGAAAAGUGAAUCCUGUUUAAAUAUUUAAUGCUGUACAGGUUUCAGAGUGGUAGCCGUGUUAGUCUGUAUCCGCAAAAAGAACGAGUAGUAAAUUUGUUAGUCUCUAAGGUGCCACAAGUACUCCUCGUUCCUAAUGCUGCACAGUGACUGGGUCGUGUUAGCACCUUUGUAUGGGUUUAUUCCAUCACAGUUAACAUAAGAGUAUCUUGCUUAUUCUGCAGCCAAUGCUGUUCCACCAAGUGAACAUAAAACUAUAAGAUUUGCUUUGUGUAAGCAGUUUAUAAGGAACUAACUCGUUAUGUAUUUACAUAUAUAGAGACCUAAGAGAGGAUUUAUUUUCUGCAGUUAUUUCUUUGAAUUAUGUUUCUCUUGUAGAUUUCUAGAUAUUGCUUUGUGUCAUUUGUCAACAUAACAUUUCAAUAAAAUAU